AUGAAACGGUGGUUGUUGAGAAGAAGAGGAUGGAUAAGAGGUCGCGUCGUCAGAGUGCCGAAGAUAUGUUGGUGUGGGGAAGGAAUUGUGACUGUCAUUUCCAAAUCUGAUUCCAAUCCAUAUCGGCGAUACUUCUGCUGUGGAUACGCUGCUUCAAAUCGGCUGCAGAACGAUGAUCACACUUUUAAGUGGGUUGAUGAAGCAAUGCUUAACGAGAUCGAUUCAUUGGUUCAAAAGAAUUGUCAACUGGAGGACCAGCUAAAAGAGGUCAGAUCUGAGAGGGAGGCCUUCGAGAAACUCGUCUUUGAUAAUAUAGGAAGUAAGGUGGAAAAGGAGGUUUAUGCGAAGAUUGAACAUGCGGUGUCUGAAGCCAAAGCCAGCACUAAAAAGGUCAUACUCGGCAUUGUCGUUUUUGGUAUGCUGAUUUUCGGCUGCAAGCGGUUAUUUUGA